AUGGCUACCAUUUCCCCAUCCAUUACCUCUUCGUUCCUUCCAAAAAAAUCAAAAUAUUCUAUAAUUAAAAACCCUAAAUUCAAAAACCCUAAAUCAAUUCCCUGCAAAGCCAUUAAUGGUGAACAAGAACACCCUAAGCACAAGUUUGAUCGAAGGGACGUUCUCAUUGGCCUUGGAGGCCUUUAUUAUGGAGCAGCUAGCCUUAACGAUGCAAUGGCGGCCCCGAUAUCUGCCCCAGAGAUGGAAAAAUGUGGUCGUGCCGAUGUACCCGAAGGUGUCCAGACGACCGAUUGUUGCCCACCGGUGUCAAAAAGGAUCUUAGAUUUUAAACCGCCAUUUUCAAAUUCACCAGUACGAGUCCGGCCGGCGGCGCAUUUAGUCGAUGAUGAAUAUAUAAGGAAAUAUUCUAAGGCGAUUGAGCUUAUGAAAGCUCUUCCACAUGAUGAUCCACGUAGUUUCAUGCAACAAGCUAAUGUUCAUUGUGCUUAUUGUGAAGGAGCUUAUGAUCAAGUAGGGUUUCCAAAUCUUGAACUUCAAGUUCAUAAUUCAUGGCUUUUUUUCCCUUUUCAUCGAUAUUAUUUAUAUUUUUUCGAGAGGAUUUUAGGCCAUUUGAUUGAUGACCCGACUUUCGGUUUGCCGUUCUGGAACUGGGAUUCUCCUGCCGGUAUGUGGAUGCCUGAUAUGUUUAUGGAUACUAACUCAUCUCUUUAUGAUAAGUUUCGUAACUCGAGGCAUUACCCGCCAACAAUGGUGGAUUUGGAUUAUAACGGUGAGGACGAACACGAAACGAAAAUGAACAAAGAUCAAGUGAAAAGUAACCUAAGUAUUAUGUAUAGGCAAAUGGUUUCAAAUGCUAAAACCCCUAGACUUUUCCUCGGUGGACCAUUUCGAGCUGGUGAUGAACCAUAUCAAGGUUCGGGUUCUAUCGAAAAUGUUCCGCAUGGACCUGUUCAUGUAUGGUGCGGCGACGAUAAACAACCCAACGGUGAAGAUAUGGGAACUUUUUAUUCAGCUGCGAGAGACCCCAUUUUUUACGCUCAUCAUUCGAACGUUGAUCGAAUGUGGAGUGUUUGGAAAACCAUAGAAAAUAUCAAUAGAAAAGAUUUCGAUGAUCCGGAUUGGCUUAAUGCAUCGUUUCUUUUCUACGAUGAAAACGCGAAUCUGGUUCGUGUUAAAGUUCGUGAUUGUCUUGACCAUCGAAACUUAGGUUAUGUCUAUCAAUUUGUUGAUCUUCCAUGGCUGAAAGAGAAGCCAACACCACGAAAGCUAACAAAGAAGAACAAAGCCCCGCCGCCGCCUGUUUCGAGCACGGAAUUCGUUUUGGAUAAACCCGUGAGGGUGAACGUCGAAAGGCCGAGGAAAUCGAGGAGCAAAACUGAAAAGGAAGAGAAAGAGGAGAUAUUGGUGAUUGACAUUGAGUUGAAGGGAGAUUUGUUUGUCAAAUUCGACGUUUACGUGAACGACGAGGAUGAUGCAGGUUCGAACAUUGGGUCUGAAAAUACCGAGUUCGCAGGGAGCUAUGUUAAUGUCCCAAAUAAACAUAAACAAGGGAAGACAUUGAAGACACGUUUGAGAUUAGGAUUAACAGAUUUGUUGGAAGAUUUAGGGGCAGAUGAUGAUGAUGGUAUUGUGGUGACUUUGGUGCCUAAAUAUGGAAAGGGUAACAUCAAGAUUAGUGGCAUCAAGAUUGAGUUUGAUAAUUAAAUUAAUUAAUAAUUAUGGGGUUCAAUUAUUCUUGGUUGGUUUGGGAAAAUCUGACUUUUCAACUUCCAAGAUUGUUGGUAUUAUAUUUAUUUUUCAACUCCUCAUUUGUAUAAUGUAUUUGAAUUAUAUAAAUUAUUUUUAUAUAAUUAAAA